AUGGAGUCAGGAUUCGCCUCGGCCGAGGGCACUGUGAGGGUGGAAUCCGCUGGGAAACAUCUGUAUGGAUUAUUUCAUUGCAACCCCACGAUGCUUGGACUUGAAGCACUUCCAGAUCCCAUGGACACCUGGGAGAUUAUAGAGACCAUCGGUAAAGGCACCUAUGGCAAAGUCUACAAGGUCACAAACAAGAAAGAUGGGAGUCUGGCUGCAGUGAAAAUUCUGGAUCCGAUCAGUGACAUGGAUGAAGAAAUUGAGGCAGAAUACAACAUUCUGCAGUUUCUUCCUAAUCAUCCCAAUGUGGUGAAGUUUUAUGGGAUGUUCUACAAAGCGGAUCACUGUGUGGGAGGACAGCUCUGGCUGGUCCUGGAGCUGUGUAACGGGGGCUCCGUCACGGAGCUCGUCAAAGGCCUGCUCAGGUGCGGCCAGCGGUUGGACGAAGCAUUGAUCUCCUACAUCUUGUACGGGGCCCUCUUGGGCCUCCAGCACCUGCACGACAACCGGAUCAUCCACCGGGACGUGAAGGGGAAUAACAUUCUUCUGACAACAGAAGGAGGAGUUAAGCUCGUUGACUUUGGUGUCUCAGCUCAACUCACCAGCACACGUCUGCGGAGAAACACAUCUGUUGGUACCCCAUUCUGGAUGGCCCCUGAGGUCAUUGCUUGUGAGCAGCAGUAUGAUUCCUCCUAUGACGCGCGCUGUGACGUCUGGUCCUUGGGGAUCACAGCCAUUGAACUGGGUGACGGAGACCCUCCCCUCUUCGACAUGCAUCCUGUGAAAACACUGUUUAAGAUUCCAAGAAACCCACCACCCACUUUACUUCAUCCGGAAAUGUGGUGUGAGGAAUUCAACCACUUUAUUUCACAGUGUCUUAUCAAGGAUUUUGAAAAGCGGCCUUCCGUCACUUGUCUCCUCGACCACCCGUUCAUUAAAGGAGCCCACGGAAAGGUUGUGUUUCUGCAGAAACAGCUGGCCAAGGUGCUCCAAGACCAGAAGCAUCAAAACCCCAUUGCUAAAACCAGGCAUGAAAGGAUGCAUACCCGAAGACCCUAUCAUGUGCAGGAUGGUGAAAAAUACUGCUUGGAGGACGAUUUGGUCAAUCUGGAGGCUCUGGAUGAGGAUACAAUUGUUCAUCAGCUGCAGAAGCGCUAUGCAGACUUGCUGAUUUACACAUAUGUUGGAGACAUCUUAAUUGCCUUAAACCCCUUCCAGAAUCUAAGUAUAUACUCUCCACAGUUUUCCAGGCUUUAUCAUGGGGUGAAACGUGCCUCAAAUCCCCCCCACAUAUUUGCAUCAGCCGAUGCUGCUUACCAGUGCAUGGUUACUUUCAGCAAAGACCAGUGCAUCGUCAUCAGCGGAGAAAGUGGCUCUGGGAAGACAGAAAGCGCCCACCUGAUUGUUCAGCACUUGACUUUCUUGGGAAAGGCCAACAACCAGACCUUGAGAGAGAAGAUUCUGCAGGUGAACCCCCUGGUGGAAGCCUUUGGGAACGCAUGCACUGUCAUCAAUGACAACUCCAGCCGUUUUGGCAAAUAUCUGGAGAUGAUGUUUACACCAACCGGAGUCGUGAUGGGGGCAAGGAUCUCUGAAUAUCUCCUUGAAAAAUCCAGAGUUAUAAAACAGGCAGCAGGAGAGAAAAAUUUUCACAUAUUUUACUAUAUUUAUGCUGGUCUUUAUCACCAAAAGAAGCUUUCUGAGUUCAGGCUUCCCGAGGAAAAACCUCCCAGGUACAUCGCUGAUGAAACUGGAAGCGUGAUGCACGACAUCACUUCCAAGGAGUCUUACCGAAGACAAUUUGAAGCAAUUCAGCAUUGCUUCAGGAUUAUAGGGUUCACUGACAAGGAGGUGUACUCAGUAUACAGGAUCCUGGCUGGAAUUCUGAAUAUUGGAAACAUUGAGUUUGCAGCCAUCUCCUCUCAGCAUCAGACUGACAAAAGUGAGGUGCCUGAUGCCGAAGCUUUGGAAAACGCUGCCUCUGUUCUGGGCAUCAGUCCGGAAGAGCUGCAGGAAGCCCUGACCUCCCACUGCGUGGUCACCCGCGGCGAGACCAUCGUCCGCGCCAACACUGUCGACAGGGCUGCCGAUGUCCGCGACGCCAUGGCCAAAGCCCUGUACGGGAGGCUGUUCAGCUGGAUUGUGAAUCGCAUCAAUACGCUCCUGCAGCCGGACAAAAACAUAUGUCACGCGGACGACGGAAUGAACGUGGGGAUCCUGGAUAUCUUCGGGUUCGAGAACUUUCAGAGGAAUUCCUUUGAGCAGCUCUGUAUCAACAUCGCCAACGAGCAGAUCCAGUACUACUUCAAUCAGCACGUUUUUGCUCUUGAGCAGGUGGAGUACCAGAGCGAGGGCAUCGAUGCGGUGCCCGUGGAGUAUGAGGACAAUCGGCCUCUCCUGGACAUGUUCCUCCAGAAACCCCUGGGCCUGCUUGCACUUUUGGAUGAGGAGAGCCGGUUUCCCCAAGCAACUGACCAGACCUUGGUUGACAAAUGCGAAGACCAUCUGCGAUGCAAAUACUUCUGGCGGCCCAAAGGAGUGGAGCUGUGCUUUGGCAUUCAGCACUAUGCUGGCAAGGUGUUAUAUGAUGCUUCUGGGGUUCUUGAGAAAAACAGAGACACUCUCCCAGCUGAUGUGGUUGUGGUCCUGAGGACAUCCGAAAACAAACUUCUUCAGCAACUCUUCUCAAUCCCUUUGACCAAAACAGGUAAUUUGGCCCAGACCAGAGCCAGGGUGUCGGCAGCCUCAAGAUCAUUGCCUCCCCAUUUCAGUGCUGGGAAAGCCAAAGUCGACACUCUGGAGGUGAUACGGCACCCAGAAGAAACCACAAACAUGAAGAGGCAAACCAUGGCUUCAUACUUCCGGUAUUCGCUGAUGGAUCUGCUCUCCAAAAUGGUGGUGGGACAGCCCCACUUCGUGCGCUGCAUUAAACCCAAUGACCACCGAGAGGCCCUGCGGUUCUCCAGAGAGAGGGUGCUGGCCCAGCUUCGCUCCACCGGAAUCCUGGAGACAGUCAGCAUCCGCCGGCAGGGCUACUCCCACCGCAUCCGCUUUGAGGAGUUUGUAAAAAGGUAUUAUUACUUGGCAUUCAGAGCACAUCAGACGCCUCCUCCCAGCAAAGAGAGCUGCGUUGCUAUCUUGGAAAAGUCCAGAUUAGAACACUGGGUUCUGGGAAAAACAAAGGUUUUUCUCAAAUAUUACCAUGUUGAGCAAUUAAAUUUGCUACUGCAAGAAGUCCUGGGCAGAGUGGUUGUGCUGCAGGCAUAUACCAAGGGCUGGCUCGCGGCCAGGAGAUACAAGCGAGUCCGAGAGAGGAGAGAGAAGGGGGCCACGGCCAUCCAGUCAGCUCGGCAGGGCUGUGUAGAUCACAAGAGUUAUCUAGAAGUGGAAUCCAACAGCGGUCAAGCAGACACAACAAGCAACUCUUCUGCUGUCACUGAGAAAACCCGGUUAGCGCAGUGA